CAUCAUGUCUCCAUCAUUCGGCGACACUAAAACAGAAGAAAACAAACUCAACCCUUUCCAUUUCUCAAAGUGUUCUGUGGCAGAAAUAACGGAAUUUCUCACAAAUAUUUCACAAACACAAUCUGGAUUGGCAUGUCUACAGAACCAGAUUGUGCAGGAUAAAUCAGUGGUCGACAUCAGAGGAGAUAUGCCAGGACAGCUGAAUCAACCAGACGAGCUGUGCAAGCAGUAUUUUGGAGACGAGUCCUAUAUGUGUAGGGGACCAAAUUUUCCUAUACAGGAAAUAUGUAGAUCCCUGUUCUGCUCGAAACCAGGGGAUAGUCAAAGAUGUGUCCAGGUCAACUCUGUGAGAGGAACGUCGUGUGGAAAUAAGAAGGUGGGUACCCCUAAUUUCGUCAAAACAUAUUUGAAUGCCUGA